AUGGUGGAUGACUUGGAUGCCAGCUUCAACCUUGUUGCUUGUGCCUUGGAACUUGCGCUGCCUGCCAGUGUUCAGAAGACCCACUUGAGUGCUUCAGAAGGGCACACGGAGGAGCAGCAGGAAUUCCUCAACAAUGGGGGAAUUCUGAUCGAUUCCCGCAGUAAACAAAUGGCUGGUUUUCUGCUUGGGCAAGACCCCUUGCAUGUCUAUUUCCGGCUUGUUGAGGCUGUGGAUUUCAGAUCUAUUGACAGCGCCUUUCUUCUGAGAUGCCUGCGGAAGCUCUUGCGGUCUUGGAAUUAUGAGCUUGAAGUCACCGGUGUGGACCAAGAACUUGAGCAUGUUCGGGCAGAGCGCACCCAUGACGCACUGCCUUGGCUGGCUGUCUGCAGUAGCAACCACUUGCAAGAGGCCGCGACUCUCCCAGACAUUUUGCGUUCAUACUUCCACGGCUCCGUCAUUCCCAGCAAUGCUCACGCCAUUCUCCUCCGCAGCGUGGCUUUUGAAUGGAACCAUCCGGACUCUGGCAUCAUGUUGCCACAGUGCGCCAAGGCUGUGAUCCUGGAUGACAUUGGACGCAAAACCUCCAUGGCAGGCAUGUCGCGAGCUGAGGUGGCCAAGGCGGUCCACGCAGCUGUGCACACCGGGCCCUUGACGCCCGAAAAUAUUUGCAAAGAGUUAGGUCUUCUACACGGCUUUGCUGCGCAUCGGCUCUUUGAAGGGAUGACCGCUGCAGGUAGCCUCGAGUGGGAAAGAGCGCAGUUUCAGUACCUCAAGCGUGUUCGCAAAAGGCCCGGGGGAUUGAAGGGCAGCCAGGUCACGCCCACGCGUGUGUGGGACUCCUCGAAAGUUGCUGGCGGCCACAAUUUUGCCAAAGCAGUGCAGCUGCAGCAAAAGCCGCUGAUUGUGCGCGGCCUGAUGGCUGCCCAUGAAGCGAAACGAUGGUGCGUCAGCCAAGGCUAUAAUAUCUCCCUUGGGACCGUCGGAGUCGAGCGGUUCUGGCGCAACAUGCAAAGGAUGUCAAGAAACCUGGCUCGGUCUCAGGGAAGCGAGGAAACAGUGUACUUGGUCAGCGUCGAAAGAUGGCUUCGAGAGGUGCAGGCUCGUGCGUGUGCAGGGGCUGGUGCCGACUUCCACGGAGGCGCCGCAGCCUUGGCAGCUUUCCGGAGCGCAGGUGAAAGGCUUGCGAAUGCCUUGCUGGCAGGGAAUGAUGCUGGGACGUGCAUGCAGCGCGUUGACGCGACCACUCCGGCAAUGAGGAGCAUUUAUGCCAUGUACCUUGAAGGCAGCCUGUGA